AUAUUGUAUCUGGUUGUGUUACAACUUAGAACUUUGUAGACAGUGUCGUACAUACACAUAUGUUAUUCUGAUGUAAGAAUGAAUAAAAACAAGCAAUAUCCAAUGUUCCACAAUAAUUAAAAUAUGUUCUCAAAGAAAGAAGACUGUGACUCUGUCUCUGUCUCUGUCCCUGUCUCUGUUCGUCUCUCUGAAGGAAUCGCUUAGGAUCACAUUCUUUUCAAGUUUAGUUUUAGCUUCUGGGCACCCGCAAGUUCUCUGCUUUUAUUAGGGUUCCUUUGAUUCUCAAUUGGAUUGCUAUUGGGUGCUCACGCUGCUUUGCUCAAUUGUUGCACUCUUUCUGUUCAUGAGAUUAUUUGAGCUUUUGACCUGAUCAGUGAACUGCCAAGGCAAACGACAAGCAGGUAUAGUACUCUCUGGACAUGGGUUGCUUCGUGUCCACUCCAAAGGAUUCUGGUGGAAAUAGAAGGAGGCCAGGGAGUAUUGGGGAAGUUGCUGUGUAUGUUCCCGGUCUAAGAAUUCCUAAACCAGUUGAUUUUGCACAGUCACUUGGUGAUUACUUGUCCAAGAGUACAGUGGAACGUCUGUCUGCUCUUAGAACUCGUAUAGUUGUAAUGGCCGGCCAAGAAGGACCUACAAUUACAAGAACAAAAAGGAAAAGUGCCACCCAACAUGGGGGUUCAACGCUGGCUGAUCUUCAGCAGGCUCUUGAAGAUUACUUGCCAGUACUUUUGGGAUUAGUUGAAAAUGGAAACCAUUUGCAAUACAAAGUACAAUUUGUUUGGGUGAAUCAAGAGGAUGACGCAGAGGAAACAUCCAUGUCCAAUGCUUGGUAUGAAGUGUUGUCAGUUUUGCACUUGAUGGCAAUGCUAUUACUAUCACAGGCUAAUUUAUUACUUCUUCCCAGAACAUCCAGUGAUGGCCAUCAGCCAAAAGUAUCAGAAGAAAGCAGACGAGCUUCUGUUGAUAUCUUCUUAAAGGCAGCUGGGUAUCUAGAUUGUGCUGUAAGGCAUGUUCUUCCACAGUUGCCCGCAGAAAUCAGGAGAAAUUUACCGGUAGACCUUGCAGAAGGAGUUCUUCGAGCACUCUGUCUACAAGCAUUGGGACAGGGUGUAGAUAUCCAACUUGGAAUGGCAAUUGAUAGUACCAAGGCCACUCUCGCAGUGAAGCGGAGACUUGCAUGUGAGAUGGUGAAAUAUUGGCAACAGGCUCAAGAUAAUAUUAUGACCCUUCCAUUAGCAAAUGGUUGGGGUGAAAAACAUCGGCUUUUUGUGAAAUGGAAGUAUAUUGAAGCAAAGGCUGCGGCAUAUUAUUAUCAUGGAUUGAUUCUUGAUGAGGGAAACACAGAGAAAUCUCAUGGGAUGGCUGUAGCUGCUUUACAAGCAGCGGAUGAGUAUUUCAAAGAAAGUAAGAAGCUGUGUGAAGCAUUCAACACAGCACUUCCAUCAUCAAGAAAUCCACCACUUUGGGGGACUAUGAAAUAUCUUUGUGAGAAAAUUCCAAAGGAUACUUCAAGCAAGGUGCGAAUAAACCGUGAUCUGUACUCCUAUGAGAGAAUCAUGGAGACAGCACCAACAUUGCCUGAUUUUGCUUUGGCUUUGAAACCGGAUGAUUUUCAACUCCCUCAGGUGGAUCCCUCUUGGAAAACUGAAAAUGUGAAAGGGGGACAAAGUGGUGCAACCAAUCAUCUCAAUGGAUGACAAAUGAUAAAACCUUACAAAUGUGCAGAUCUCAGAGAUGUCAUCUUCUCAGAAAAGAAGGAUGUGAGCCAAGUUCAAGCUCAGAAGAGUGAUUUUUCAAUGCUUGUCAAUAGUAGAAAAUUAACUAUUUCUGCCUUUGUGUCUACCUUUCCCUUUUUGCUUCAUAAAUUGAUUCCUCACUUCCUCCACAAUAUUUGAAAGAAGGCCAGCAAGUGGAAAUAGAGCUUCAGGUUGUGUUAAAUGUAAAUUGUCUACUUGGGAAAAGAAAGGGUUUCCUUCCUAGCCAAUACCCAAAUAAUAUGAUUAUUACUGUUUUGUUUCCGCGUAAAGCCAGUCAAAUCAACCAUUUGGCAAACCAAGUUGUACAAGUGAGAUUGUGUGUAUAAUUGACAUGUGCAUUGCAGAGAAAAAAUGGUUUCCUUUAGGUUGUGUUAGCAUUCGAAAGAAUUAUAAAUGCAAGGGAAUUUAUGACGUUUUAACAA